AUGACUAUUGAAAACUUGCUGUUGUUGCCAUGCACUCAAGCCUUAGCUCAAGAGCAGCAUCAGAAAUGGUUUAAUGAGCUAUUGGAUGGAUCUCUCAGGCUCUUGGAUGUGUGUGGUAUUGCAAGGGAUGCAUUGUUGCAAACAAAGGAAUAUGCACAUGAACUUCGGUCAACCCUGCGCAGAAGACAUGGCAAUAAAAUGGAGCUUGCGAGGGAGGUUGAAAAAUACUUGGCCUCAAGGAAGGUUGUGAAAAAGGCAAUGCAGAAGGCCUUAAAGGGCAUGCAAACUAAGUUGAACUGUAAGAAAAAUGAAGAUCUACCCAUGGUGAGCUUGUUAAAAGAGCUAGAAGCUGUAACUUUCCUGGUCUUUGAAUCACUAUUGACCUUUAUAGCUGGACCAAAGUUGCAAUCCAAAUCAAAUGGUUGGUUUGUGGUUUCCAAGCUGGUGCACCAGAAAAAGAACUGGAUGGGGAAGUUGGAGUCAAGCAUUGAAGAUGUUGAAGAGGUGCUUGAAUGUCUUUCUAGGCAUCUAGUCAAAACCCGAGUUUCCUUUCUCAACAUCCUAAACCACUAG